AUGCAGUCACAAAAUGUCGACGACUUGGCAUGUGUGCCAACCCUCUCUCCGUCACCGUCUACUUUGUCGGCGGCCGCGAAGGUCCGCCCGAAAGGGCCGGAGUGUGGAGCUGCAGGCAUAGGACACGCAGGGAGCAACUCCGACCAUGUUCAAAAUGGCUUGCCAAUUCGCCAGGCGGAUCCUAGUGCCGAUGUUCUGGUGACGGUUCAAUCUUUUCAAUCUUUUCUUUCCUUCAUUGUUGGCAUAUCGAUCUUUGGUGCAUCCAUUUUUGCCACCAUUAUCGGCCAAUUGCAGGACCCAAGACAACUAAACCCCCAUGCGUACUUCUCUAUGCAAACAGUGAGAGUUUUUGUGGCCAUAGCAUGGCUUCUUUUCAUCGCUGCACUGGGUGUGGCGGGGUUCUCGUCGAGUGUUCUCAUCCUCGAGCAGGAGAGGAAUGCCAAUUUGACGGGAGAUUGGCGCAGAAGAUGGAACAAACCUGGUUUAGUUGUCUCACUCAUGCUACAAAUUCUUGUCAUUGGAGCAUUCCUCUUUCUAUCUCUAGGCCUUGUUGCCUAUACUGCAGCUGUGGGGUGGACUGCCGUCGCAACUAGUAUUGCGGCGGCGGCUGUUGCGAUAUUCCUGCUGGUCAAGCAAUGCGGAGACAAGCUGUGA